GGAUCACUGAGGCGGGGCCUAUGAGAUUGGCUUAUUACACAGAAAAAUAAACUGAGAGGCCAAAUUCAGUGAUGGAGCAUGACGCCAUGAUAGUGACCUGUGCCUUUGAUGAAAUAGAAAAGCCACACGAGAUGGGAGAUAAUUUCGUGGUUGGCGGUAACGCUAAGACAUCAAAUUUCUAGGCGGGUUUCUGGUCAUAGCCCCAGUCUUAUGGAAGAGAUGAAACAUUUCACGCGUCUUGUUCCCUGGUAGCAGGUAACAACUCUUCACAAGCAACUUGACACUUGACAGAGUUAUCUUGAUCGAAAUCGGUGUGCCACUCCGCAGGCCAUUAGUCUGUGGUGAUACGUUUACUUCGGGUGCAUGUGAUUUUUGAAUGAAGUAAAACAUAGGGUCUCGCAGAGUGGUGUGGCUAUUGUUCAGCUAAUAACUGCAGGAUUUUUUACGGAAACCAGCUAGUCACAUGAUCUGUUGACGCCAAGGUGAACUUUCCAGAGCCACCAUUUUGGACGGCGUUUCGAACUAGGAAACAAAGAAAUCUUGGCAAGAAAUCCACACAGGCGACUUCAGAGUUUGCUAAAGAUGGACCUGUAUCAUCAUCAUCAUCACCUCCACCACGAGACUAGCAGGCCCUCCUUGCUUCGCACCGUGCCGCAGACGGCGAGUUACCCAUCAGGGUGCGGCCCGUCAAUUAAAACCGAACCCCGGGAGACCGUACCAGAAGCAGCGGCCGGUAAUUGCAGCUCGCGUGGCGGCGGUGAGCAGAGAUCGGACGUUCUGCAGAAUAGCCGUGCGAGCGUCAUGGAGGAUUUGACCGUUAAAGAAGGCAAGGACACAGUGAAGCGAGAACAGGUUGAAGAAGUAGAUGAUAAACCAGACCCAGCCGAUAAACCUCCCUACUCCUACGUUGCGCUGAUCGCCAUGGCUAUAAAGGAGUCUCCGGACAGACGCCGAACUCUUAGCCAAAUCUACCAGUACAUCAUCAACAAAUUUCCCUACUACGAGAAGAACAAGAAGGGCUGGCAAAACUCCAUUAGACACAACUUGAGCCUGAACGAAUGCUUCAUCAAGAUACCGAGAGAAGGAGGAGGCGAAAGGAAGGGUAAUUUUUGGACUUUGGACCCAGCCUACGAUGACAUGUUUGAGAAGGGCAACUACAGGAGAAGACGCAGGAUGAGGCGGCCCCACCGAAGCCUGGACCUGGCCAUGCUGGACAAGCCGUACAUUGGCCCCGAUCCGCAAUAUCCGUACCACCUUACCACGAAAUACUUGCACCCUUCCUAUACCAACUGGGGAAUGUCUCAUCACCAGCCACCUGUCAGUCAGUCUCCUCCGCACUACACCUACACGUCUUGCCAGGUAGCUGCAGCGGCUGCAGCGGCAGCCGCGGCAAACGCUCCCCGGGGAAUGCCACUCAGCCACGGCGUCGCUUCGCCGCAGCUCCCGGUGACCGUUCCUGCCAUCCAGCCGACUCAUCAUUACGGGCAGAUCCACCACCAGCCGGUAGCGUUUCCAAACCCCGUGGGAUCGCCAUAUUCAACGGGGACGCAGGUGGCUCCGAUGCCGGCCAUGGGACCGGGCAGUCCAGGGCCGAAUCCCGUUAGUUUUGAAGACAAUGGACUAGCUGUAAGUUACUCAACAUCUUUCGCUAGCUAUACUCCAUGCAGACGACAACCCGAUGGAUUACCCUAUUACUGAGAGAAAAAUCACCCCCAAUAUGUUACUCUCAAAAUAAAGAGGAAAAACUAACUUGUACUCAAAAGAUACAAAACCAAACUAAAACAACGACUUUGCCAUUAACUUGACGUUCAUCGGUACAGUGGUACUAACAUAUACAUGUAGCAGCAACAAUGGUAACGCAUUUUUAGAAAUAUGGAUCGAAAGAUUUGGAAAUUUUUAGAUAUCGGGACAGGAGCCUUUUUUGUGAAUUAAGGAAAUUUCUGAAUUUGAGUUCAAGUACCAGAACUUGUGCGUUUCAAGGCAAACGCUUAUUUUAUUUCACAUUUUUCAGAUUGAUGCUUUUAGAGUGUACUGACAUGCAUAAUGCAUUCAUCAACGAGACACAUUUGAAGUCGGUAAAUUAUUUUCUAAACUGGAUGAUGAAUUAGUUUGUCUAGAAAGGCAUCUACAAUAUAAGUUGUAAAUGCUAUACUCAAAUGAUUGCAAAACAUCCAAAAUUUGAAAAUAUAAUCAGGUAUUUUUGCUCAAUAACUUGCACAUUGGUUGGAAUCAGUGCAGCAUAACGGUUUGUGAAAUGUUUUGGUUUUUAUGAAUCUUCAGGCAUCGAACUGUGGCUGGAUUUGAUUUUUGGUUUUGAUUUUGUGGAGCAAACCUCUGUAUGAAAAUGUAUUGUACUUUUUCGUAUUGAAUGACAAUUUCUUUUAUGAAAGCAGAGAACACUUAUGACACCUUUGUUUCACCUUAUUUUUGCUAUUUCGCACAACAUUUGUUCCGAUUUAACACCAAAUUUUUAUAAAUCCUCAUUGUUUUCAAGUUAAUGAAGUUUCAAGUUACAAACACAGGUACUGAUGAAAGGAAGCACCCAAACUAUAUGCGAUUUCAAAUGCAUCGUAAACUAAAAAUAUUUACGGUCAGUACUCCAACUUAUAUAGUAGUAUUGUUUUUCUGCAAGUAUCAACAUUUUGUAACAUAGCCUUAAUCAAAAUAUGUUUUGCUAUGAUCUUUAGCAUUCUGCAUGAAAAAAUAUAAUGGGAUUAAAUUGGAUUGUUGUAAAAGAUGAGUUUUAGACACUGUAUACAUGUUUUAGUCGGCAAAUAAUGUUUUGUCAUCCGCUCCCUUUUUUUCCAACGAAGUGGUGAAUUCCACCCUCGUAAUCCUAUUCGUAGUCACUUUAUACACGUAUUUUUGGGAACCCUGCGUGCAUUGUUUCGAGAAAUUUGGCUUACUUUGGACGACAAUUAACCAAAUGCUUAAGCCAUGUGCUAAUCGCCUCUUAAGGGUACAAUAUUACAACUCGGCUUUAUUUUAUGAGCAGUACUUCCGCAUGAAAAUGGCUAUUGUUCUAUCAGUGUGGAAUCCUCAUGCGCAUUGUACGAUCAACAUCUGUAUAUCUGAUCCUUGAGUUUUGUAAGACCUUUUAUGGAAAACAUCGAAAAUGUGGAUCACAACAAACACAAACUGCCUCCAUAUGCUCAAGAAAUUACGAAUGUUUUGAUUGUUUCAUUUUUGUGAAAAGUGUAUUUUGAAAGGCCAAAUGCUGCUGGUUACAAUUAAUAAAGUAGACACUGUUUUGUAAUCUCUUUAACACUCAGUUAGUCCAUGCACCGCCAUUUAUUCACAAAAAGCUGAUUUUACACAUAGGUAAAGCCGAUCCCUGGUUAAGGGUUCGUUUUACCAUGACUUUAUAAUCGUCAAAAAAGCAAGUCGAUUCUAAUCAUUAAGUUGGUAUAAUUAUACUUUUUAAUGAUGUUUGUAAUCCAAUAUUCAGGUUGCGUUGUAGGUCUCCAUUUUAAGAUGUUAAUAAAUGCUUAUCUUCAAAAUUGUCACCUUAUAAACUUGCCAUUUUCGAAAGAUAA